CUCUGUUUGGAUUGGUGCCAUUUCUUUUAACACUUAUUUCCUACAGCUGCAUCAUAAAAACCAUUAUGGGGAUCCCAUCCACUUUAGGAAGGAAGAAAGCAUUUUCUACCUGCUCAUCACACCUCAUUGUGGUUACACUCUUUUAUGGCACUAUAGUCAUUGUAUACGUAUUACCAAAAACCAGAACACUUAGAGACCUUAACAAGGUCUGCUCUGUCUUCUACACUGUUUUAACACCCUUGGUGAAUCCUUUCGUUUACAGCCUGAGAAAUAAAGACAUUAAACAAGCAUUAAAGAAAGCU